GGCCUGAUCAGUGCCGGGAUCCGGCUGCAUGGUGACCAUGGAAACUGGACAAUUGAGCGAGGGCCCGGACACGCCCAUGGUGUCGGUGGACACCCAGUUAGAUGAGGAUGAGGCUCGCCCCGAGGCCACCUUCGCCUUCACGGUCGACAAAUUCUCGACGGUCAAGGAAUCGGUUCUGUCCGCCCCCUGCAUGGUCCGUAAUCUGCCCUGGAAGAUUAUGAUCAUGCCCCGCCCUUCACACAACGACCGCUCGGGUUCGGGCGGCGGUGGCGGUGGGGGUGGCGGCAAUCAAGGCGGGAAUGGGGCGCCCCCGCCGGCCAAGUCUAUGGGCUACUUUCUGCAAUGUAACGGUGAGAGCGAGGCUGCCUCGUGGAGUUGUCAAGCCUCGGCCGAAUUGCGGGUCAUCAACCAGCGAAAUCCGGCCAAGGACACGUUUGUGCGCAAGAUUUCGCAUUUGUUCUACUCCAAGGAGAACGACUGGGGCUUCUCGCACUAUAUGAACUGGCCGGAUGUGAUGGACCCCGAGAAGGGCUUUAUCAAGGACGACAAGGUCACGUUCGAGGUCAAGGUCACGGCCGAUGCGCCCCAUGGCGUGUGUUGGGACUCGAAGAAGCACACGGGUUAUGUUGGGCUCAAGAACCAAGGCGCCACGUGUUAUAUGAACUCGCUCUUGCAAGUCUUGUACUUCACCAACAGUCUACGCAAGAACGUGUACAAGAUGCCCACCGAGGCCGAUGACAGCGCCAAAAGCGUGGGCCUGGCCCUCCAGCGCGUCUUUCACGACCUACAGUUCAACGACAAGUCGGUCGGCACCAAGAAAUUGACCAAAUCCUUCGGUUGGGAGACGUUGGACUCGUUCAUGCAACACGACGUCCAGGAGUUUCUGCGCGUCUUGCUCGACAAGCUCGAGAUGAAGAUGAAAGGCACCAUCGUGGAGGGCUCCAUCCCGCGCCUCUUCGAAGGCAAGAUGGUCUCGUACAUCCGCUGCAAGAACGUGGACUACACGUCCAGCCGCAUCGAGUCGUUCUACGACAUUCAGCUCAAUAUCAAGGGCAAGAAGAACAUUCACGAGUCGUUCGAAGACUACAUAAAGACGGAGAAUCUCGACGGCGAUAACAAGUACGACGCGGGCACGCACGGGCUCCAGGACGCCGAGAAGGGCAUCCUCUUCACGUCUUUCCCGCCCGUGCUCCAUCUUCACUUGAUGCGAUUCCAGUACGACCCCAUCACCGACAGCUCGGUCAAGUUCAACGAUCGCUUCGAGUUCCCCAAUGCGCUCGACCUCAAGGACUACCUGAAGAAACCCGAGAACGGCAAUGGCGACGACGAGGCCAUGGAUGUUGACGGCGAGGGCUGUCCCGUGGUUCAGGCUGACCUGGACGGGGCCAAGUACCUCCUGCAUGCGGUCCUGGUCCAUUCGGGCGACAAUCACGGCGGUCACUACGUGGUGUUCAUCAACCCCAAAGGUGACGGGAAGUGGUGCAAAUUUGACGACGAUGUGGUGUCACGGUGCACGGAGAAAGAGGCCAUUCAGAACAACUUUGGCGGCGUGGACGAUGACGUCACCACGAGACAGUCCACCAACGCCUACAUGCUGGUCUACAUCCGGCAGAGCUUGCUCAAGACCAUCCUCUGUGAAGUGUCGGAGUUGGAUAUCCCCGCCGCCUUGAGCGAACGGCUGGCCGACGAGAAAAAGAUCGAGAUUGCCAAGCGCAAGGAAAAGAACGAGGCUCACCUUUACAUGAACAUACGAUUGCUCCUCGAGGACAAUUUUAACGGGCACCAGGGCAACGAUUUGUACGAUCCGGACAAAGUCACCUGUCAAGAGCUACGGAUCAAGAAGACCGACACCCUGCAAGAGGUGUUGGUCCAGCUGUCCGCCCAGAUGAAGAUUCCGGCCGAGCAAGUGCGGAUGUGGCCCAUGAACCAUCGGACUAAUCAAACGCUCCGACCCGCCUUAAUCGAUGUUGAGUCCGAUUUGGACAAAGCGUUUUUUGACGUGGCGGAUAACACCAAUCCGUACAACGUGUUCCUAGAGGUGGCACCCCCAGAAACGCCCUCACGUCCUUUGCCACCGUUUGACAAGGACCAAGAUGUCAUGCUGUUUUUUAAAUACUACGAUCCCGAAGUCGAGAAGAUUCAUUACAUGGGCCACAUGUACGUAGCUAUUACGGCCAAGGUCACGUCCAUGGUGGAGGAACUCAUUAAACGGGCCAAUUUGCCCGCCCACACGCCGCUCACUCUCUAUGAGGAGAUUAAACCGAACAUGCUCGAACGCAUCGAGGACAUUGACAAGCCUCUGGAGCAUGUGCUUGAGGAGCUCAUGGACGGCGACAUUAUUGUUUACCAGAAGCAAAUCCUACCCAACCAGAACAGCUCGUUCCGAUUGGCCAGUUGUCGAGACUACUUCAGAGACCUCUUUUACAAAGUGGACGUGAACUUUGUGGACAAGAAUCUUCCGAAUGACCCUGGCUUCACCCUGACGCUCUCCCAGCGUAUGAACUACGCCCAAAUCGCACAGGCCGCGGCCGAGAAGCUUGAGAUCGACCCGGAGAAGAUUCAAUUUUUCAAGACUCAGAAUUACCGGGAAGUGCCCGGACAUGCGUUGCGAUGCACGUUCGAGGGGACCCUCAAGGACCUUUUAGUUUGCGUCCGACCCAAACAGCCGCGCAAGCUCUUCUAUCAAAAGCUCGCUAUUCCCAUCCACGAGUUGGAGAACAAGAAACAGAUCAAGUGCACUUGGCUCUCGCUCGAUCAUAAGGAGGAGGAGGAGCUCACCCUCUAUCCCAGCAAGACAGGCACCAUCGGCGACAUGCUCGAAGAGGCCAAAGCCAUGGUCACGCUCUCGCGACCCAAUGCCAAGUUACGCCUCUUGGAUAUUGUGUCCCACAAGAUUAAUAACAUCAACGCUGAGAAUUCCCCUAUCGAGUCGCUCCCCGCCACCCAAUCCAAGACCUUCAGAAUCGAGGAGGUUCCCGAGGAUCAAAUGCGAGUGAGUGAAACCGAGUUGUUAGUUCCCGUGGUGCACUUCCAAAAGGAGAUCUACUCCACUUUUGGACAUCCCUUCCUCCUCAAGGUCAAAGAGGGCGAGAAGUUCCAAUCCGUCAAGGAUAAGAUCCAAAAGCACCUUGAGGUUCCGGACAAGGAGUUCGAGAAAUAUCGGAUCGCAGUGAUUUCCGUGGGCCGUGCCAAGUACCUGGAUGCCAUAGAGCAGGACACAGUGAGACUCAAAGACUUCUUGAACACGAAUCAAACGAGUAACAACACGAAGCCUUAUUUCGGCUUAGAGCAUGUGAACAAGAACUCCAAGCGGGCUCGAUACAAUUACAUGGAGAAGGCUAUCAAAAUCUACAACUAAGGGUCAGAUCCGACCCCCCACCCCCAUUCACAGGGAUAGGACGGAGUGAGCUAUUUUUUUCCCCAUUCCCGAACGAAGACGAACAACAGCAACAAGAACAACAACAACAAACCGCGUGCGUUUGGUUCUUUUUAAAAUUGUCAUGAACUGAUCAUCCAACAACCAUUGCUUCAGGUCAAAGAUCACCUUCCGCGCUUGUCUAGCAGUAAUCCCUCGGUCCGUCUUCUCUCCUGGAUAUAAAUUAUUUGGUGUGCCCAUAAUUGCGGUCAUUUCGAUUUGAGUAUGAAUGAAAUCAUCGGAAUCGUUCCAUGUGACACGUCAAGCCAAUUCCAAACAUACACGCAUACAUAUUUACAUACGAAAUCUAGAUAGAAGUGCACACAAACACACACCCCAACCCGCAGUCUGACAACAUCGUUUCUUUUCUAAUUCAGAUUCUCACCAAUUGAAUUGAGUUGCUUUUUUUCCGAGCUUGCCGUAGAAACCAGAUCUUGGGCGCUUUCGCUCUUCUUGCUCUUUUUCCGCCGAAAUUAGCCCACAACGCCUGUUGUCUGCAACCCCAUUGAUGACAAUAGAACGAGCACAACCACCUCCGUUUCCACUUUUCCGUGGUCCAACCAUGCAGCAACAUUUAAAAUUGAUAUUUAUUUGACGGCCUCCCGUCCAUUGUCAGUUGAUAAGAGGAUAUGGACAUGAAGUAAAACGAAACCCACCAUCAUGUUAGAUUGUAAAUCUCAGAAUAAAUUGGGAACGGAUUGAACGAUUCAAUUUUCGAGCGAGUCGUUGAUAGACACGAUUAUCCACCUCUUUCCAAUUUAUUUUUCCAGA